AUGUCGCAGCAACAGGAGCAGGGCGUCGAGGCCUACAAGACUGACAAUCCGUUUGGAAGGAGAUGCUUUGUGACGGUGGGCGCCACGGCGAGUUUUUAUCGUUUGCUGGAAGAGAUUCUGAGCGCGGACUUUCUCGACUUCCUGGGUGCCAAGGGCUUCGCAGAGCUGCUGGUACAGACGGGGCCGGACCAAGACGCGGUUCAGACGCGGAUGCGGCAGCUGACGGAAGAGAGACAGCAGACGUCGAGCCGGUGGCCAGCCGUGAAGACGUUCUCGUACACGGCCGACAUCCCGUCAGCGAUGGUGCCAUGCCGGGGUCGAGUUGGCGAGCGGCGGCCGGGCGUGGUGAUCUCGCACGCAGGAUCGGGGUCGAUUCUGGACACGGUGCGCAUGGACAUUCCACUGGUGGUGGUGGCCAACGGGGCACUGCUGGGAAACCACCAGGAGGAGCUGGCCGAGGCAGUGCAGACGGCCGGCUGGGCUAUCAAGGGCGAGCUAGGCCGACUCCAGGACGCGGUCGAGCGGGCGGUCGAGAACGCUGACCUGGACCUGCUGGCCGGCCGAUUCCGGCAGCCGGAGCCGGACCAGUUCCCCAUAGCCGAGUCCGAGCGCAGCGGACUGUUCGACUGGGCGGCCGUGGCUGCCAGCAGCUGUGGCCUGCCGGCACCAGAAGCGACGUUGGUGCAGCUGGACUGA